CCACCACUUCGGAAAAAAAAGGAAACAAAGGAAGAAACAACCACCACCACUAACGGCCCCGAUCGGAGCCCUUGAUAUAGCACCGGGAAUCGCUUCACCUUGUCGCAACCUCGGCAGUAUCGAGUAUGUACUGUCUCACACUACGGAGCACACUCAGGGACCGAUCCGCCAACCUGGUUCCUUUACGCGUGCAAGGACCACUGUCGUGCAACUGGAAACUCUGGCCAAUUCGUUUACCAGGCUUUGGCGUCUGUCAGUCAGCAUCAGUUGCCGAUAAUCGCCAUCCCUGCCUACCCUACCUCGGAAUCAGGAUCGGGACAAGGGACUAUUUGCACAGCGUACGGAAGAAGUAUUCCCGUAGACCACACCGCAUCAGCCAUUGGCAAAGCCAGCGGAGCUCUCGGUUGUCCUCUCCCCAAAGCUCCCCGUCGAGCGACGAUGCCGCGGCCAAGAAGCUGGACCGGCGUUCAUCCUCCGCCCUGUCCGCGUCUCUCCGGCAGCGAGACGACGAGGCAAGCGGAGCCUCCGCCCCCGAGGCUGAGACUGCAACGGAGGAGACUGCAACAGAGCAGUCGACGUCUCGGAUGGUUGCUCUUGCCAAGAAGAUCACCAAGGCUACGGAGAAGCUGGAGGCGUACAUGAAGUCCGAGAACCUGCCCCUGCCCAGCUUUGACGCCGACGCCCCGGCGGAUUACCCCCCGCUCCCUGCAGAUGUUCAGCAGAGCAGACAGGACAUCAUCCACGCGGCCAAGGAGCUGAGCCUGCUGGCCCAUGGCCCCCGCGAGGCCGUCAGAUGGGGCAUCUGGGAGUUCCUUGACGUUCUUGCGCUGACUGCCGUCAACCACUAUGGGCUCGCCAAACUCGUCCCGAUCGACUCGACCAUCACCCUUGCCGAACUGCAGACCAAGACGCCCCUGGAUCCAAUCAACCUCGCCCGUCUGGUCCGUCUGGCCAUGACCAAUGGCAUCUUCCGGGAGCCUAGUCCGGGGGUCAUCGCCCACACCUCGGCGUCUCGCGUCCUCGCCGAGGACGAGAACAUGCAGUCCUGGAUCGGUUUCAACGGCGAGGACAUCUUCCCCGCCUCGGCGCACGUCCUGCAGGCCCUCAAGGCCUACCCGGAAGCCACGUCGCUGACCCGGACCGGCUUCCAGUUCGCCUUUGACACGGUCGACAAGGAGCCCAUGUUUGCCACGUUCGGCAAGGACCCGGACCGGGCGCGCCGCAUGGGCCGCGCCAUGGCGAGCCUGACGGGCGGCGAGGGCUACGAGCCGUCCUACUUUGUCGACGUCGAGAAGGGCGGCUACGACUUCAGCGACCUCGACGCCGCGGGCGGCACCUUUGUCGACGUCGGCGGCUCGCACGGCUUCAUAUGCGUCGACCUGGCCGCCAGGUACAGGAACAUGAAGUUCGUCGUCCAGGACCUGCAAAAGACGGUCGACAGCGCGCCGAAACCCCUCUGCGCCGAUCCCCAGGUCGCCGAGCGCAUCACCCUGAUGGCGCACGAUUUCUUUACCGAGCAGCCGAUUAAGGGUGCAGAUGUCUACUAUUUCCGUUGGAUCAUCCAUAACUACUCCACGCCCUACGCGGUGCGCAUCCUCCAGAACCUGAUCCCCGCCCUCAAGCCCGGGGCGCGCAUCAUAAUCAACGACCACUGCCUGCGCGAGCCCGGGCAGGAGAACCCCUGGGACGAGCGUGUCAUGCGCCGCAUGGACGUCGUCAUGCUCGCCCUGCUCAACGCCCAGGAGCGCACCGAGGCCGAGUUCAGGGAGCUGUUUGCCGCCGCCAGUGACGGCUUCGUCUUCAAGGGCGUCACGAGGGCCAAGGGCUGUCGGAUGAGCGUCAUCGAGGCCGUGUGGCAGCCUGACCGGGCAGCGGGGGCCGGCGGCCAGGCUGCUGGCGCGGCUGCCGAUAACGCUGCUGCUACGGCCGCCCCGGCCGCCGUGACGGAAGAAGAAGCUGCUGCUACUGCCGCUCCUGUGGCCGCUUCUGCAGAGCCAAAGUCCGAGGAGGCCAAGUAGGUUCGAGAAACACUUCCGAGCCCUGUGGGGCCCAGAGCUUCGAGGUCAUCGUGGGCGACCUGGCUUUUGUAUAUAUCGAAAGAUAAUAAUAAUACCCGCUUCGAAUCGGACACAAGGCCGACGGGAUAGCUGUCUGUUGUCGAGCCUGUGUAUUUCAAUGGACA